GAAAAAAUUAAUCGUACCCUUAGUUUAUAAUUUAAAAACACUUGUAUUUUACAACGUUAGAAUAGAAUAUUUAUAAAAUCAGCUGAGCGUCAAAAAUAUACUCAUUAUACAAGAAAAUGUUUGUCAAAACAAGAAGUAAUAACAACGAACCGAGUAAAAAAAAUUUCAAAGUCAAAAAAGUAUCAAAUGAAUCUGAUGACUCCGAAGGAUCGUCAAUAGAGUUAGACGAUCCUUGUGCUUCUAAAGAAGAAAAAGAACCAGUCGUUUUACGUUCACCAGGUCUCGAUCCAAGAUUCCAGCAACAAAACCAAACGCUAAGGUGCUACGUCAUGUACGCGGACUUUUUUCAGUGCGAGCACCUGCUCGGCGAAGGUCACGAGGCUUGUAAAUGGUUUAAAGAUGUGUACAUGUCAAUUUGUCCGACCGCCUGGGUAGAACAAUGGGAUGAAUACAGGACUGAAGGUCGAAUGCCUUGGUUCAAGAAAUCUGAAUUUCCAAAAGCUCCUUAUGGCAAAUAAAUCCUCAUUUUGUCGUAUUUUUUUCAAAUAGAACAAAAAUUGAAGUAAAAUUUUUGUUUUAAAAGGAAUAAGUGAAAGUUAGUAAUUACGUGGAAUGUGGAUUUCGUGAGGUUGGUGAGAAAUA